AUGGCCGCAGCAACCUCAGAGGCGCCUCUCAAGACGCCCAUCGCGGCGCCCACGCCAGACAGCAAGCCCGUGCCUCGGCCGGAACUCGCGCCGGAGCAGCAGACCAAGUACGAGGCGCUGCUGGAAAAGGCCAAGGCGUUCACAGAGAUCAAGUGCGACAAGGAAAAGGACAAGUCGGGCCCUCUGACGGACCGCGAGCUCGCCUGGCUGACGCGGGACUGCCUGCUGCGUUACCUGCGGGCGACCAAAUGGUCCGUCGACGACGCGGCCAAGCGGCUGCUGUCGACGCUGGCGUGGAGGCGCGAGUACGGCAUUGACGAGUUCACGCCCGACUACAUCUCGCCCGAGCAGGAGACGGGCAAGCAGAUCAUCAUGGGCUUCGAUCGCCAGGGGAGGCCCUGUCAGUAUCUCAACCCAGGGCGGCAGAACACGGACAGCAGCCCGAGGCAGAUUCACCACCUCUUUUACAUGGUGGAGAGGGUCGUGGACAUGAUGCCUCCCGGCGUCGAGAUGCUGAGCCUGAUGAUCAACUUCAAGCCCAGCAAGCAGAGGCAGAACACCAGCGUGCCCGUGUCAACCGCCAGAGAAGUGUUGCACAUCCUGCAGAACCACUACCCCGAGAGGCUGGGCAAGGCACUCAUCAUCAAUGUGCCUUGGCUGGUUCAGGGAUUCUUCAAAAUCAUCACCCCCUUCAUUGACCCCGUGACGCGGGAAAAGUUAAAGUUCAACGAGGACAUGAAGCAGUACGUCCCGGCGGAGCAGCUGUGGAGCUCCGAUUGGAACGGCGACCUGGACUUUGAGUACCAUCACGAGACGUACUGGCCGGCCCUCAACGACCUCUGCCGACAGAAGCGAGAGCAGAGACUGACGCGAUGGGCGGCUGCCGGAAAGGCCCUUGGCGAGUCAGAAGAGUAUCUCACAGGCGGCACGGAUUUGAGCGUCACGGGAUUCAAGUACACGGCCAACGGCGAGGACUUUUCGGACAAGAAGCAACAAGUAGACGCUGAGACGAGCGUGUUGGCGGAGAAGCUAGCAGGGGCCAAUCUCGAGGAGGAGACGGUACAGGCUCAGGCAUAA